AUGGAGCCGGCGGCCUCCUGCUGAGGAGCGCGGUCACCCGCCGCCAGCAGCAUGGAUAUCCGGAAAUUCUUUGGGGUUGUAUCUUCUGGGAAGAGACAAGAAUGUGAGAAUGUGAAAAAGAAUGAAAAAAUAAAAAAUGGGGAAGGGACCUCAAGUGGGAAGAAAAGAGGAAAGGAGGCGAAGGUGAAUUCUUCCAAUGAAGAUGACUCCAAACGAAAACCAACAAACAGGAAAAAACGAAUAAUAUACGAUUCAGAUUCAGAAGAGGAGGUGCAGUCGGUGAAAAAAUCCAAGAAGCCACCUGAGAAAAAAGCAGCUACUUCAAAACGUGGUAAAGUUCUAAAGCAGGAUCCUGUUGUUUACGUUUCAGAGACAGAUGAAGAUGACGACUUUGUCAACAAGAGGAUUUCCCUGAAACCCAAGGAGAAUGGGACGUCAGCAGUUGGUUGCCCAGGAACAACGGCAGUGAGGAAGGAAGAUGUGAAACCACGAGGUAAAAGCAAACCUCUCUCCCCAGUGAAACUGAUCCCCACCUCGGCCCUCGAUUACUUUGGGACAAGUAGCGUCCAGCGAUCGGAAAGGAAACUGGUUGCAAGUAAAAGGAAAGAGCCCUCGCAAAGCAGAGACUGCACGCUGGACGAUGAGGCCAUUGCCCGACAACUGCAGCUUGAUGAGGAUUCAGAGCUGGAGAGACAACUGCAUGAAGAUGAAGAAUUUGCUAGAACUUUGGCUAUGUUGGAUGAAACACCGCAGAAGAAGAAGCCUCGGAAAGAUUCAGAAGAGCAAACAGUUCUGAGCACCAAGAGCAGUCCUAACGUGACAGAAAGAUGCAAACGUUCACCAAAAGUGAAAGCAGGCAACUCAACAGAUGAAGCCAAGAAUUAUACUGUAAGGGAGCGAAGUACAUCUGAAAACUCAAAAGGGUCUCAUUUGCCCCCCCAGUCAUCUGGUGGUGGAAUAGCAAGAGAGUUGGCAGAUAAGACCUUGAAACCGAGCUCCAAGCUCGUGGCUCUGAAACAGAAGGAUGAGAGCACUGAGAAGCAAAGAGGGGCUCCCAGUGUGUUACCGAAAGAGAAAAAUGUUUCAGUGAAAGAAGAGAAGAGAACACCAAAGAAGCAGAAGGUUUCUCCCCAAAAGCCUGAGUCUAUAAGUCCCGAGGACUCUGAAAAGAAACGAAUAAAUUACCAGGCCUACAGGAGCUUCCUGAACCGUGAGGGUCCAAAAGCUCUGGGCUCAAAAGAGAUACCUAAGGGAGCUGAGAACUGCUUGGAAGGCCUGACCUUUGUCAUCACCGGCGUCCUGGAGUCCAUCGAGAGAGACGAGGCCAAGUCUCUGAUCGAGCGGUACGGAGGGAAAGUAACCGGCAACGUCAGCAAGAAAACCAACUACCUGGUGAUGGGGCGGGACUGUGGCCAGGCUAAACGCGAGAAGGCAUCAACCUUAGGGACAAAAGUGCUGGAUGAGGAUGGCCUCUUUGAUCUCAUUCGGACUAUGCCAGGCAAAAAGUCCAAAUACGAAUUGGCAGCUGAAAUGGAGGCAAGAAAAGCAGAGCCAAAACAGGAAAAGACACCACAGAAAAGUGAAGCUGGAAGAAGAAAAUUUAGUCCCUUCAAAAGAGAAGCGGAUAAUAAAAAAAAGAAUUCCACUCCUGAUAAAGGAGGUACCCGCAGGUCUGUCAGGAAGGAAGCUCCUGCUGUGCGAAGCCUUGCAGACUUGGAACCACAACCUGCAGAGAGGAAAGGAGCCCCGAAGCCCGAGGGGCCCUCGGUUUCCGAGAGGAGCGAGGAUGGAGCGGGGAAGCUGCUGUGGGUAGAUAAGUACCGGCCUACGUCGCUCAAGGCAAUAAUUGGGCAGCAGGGCGAGCAGAGCUGUGCCAAUAAACUGCUCCGGUGGCUGCGGAACUGGCACCAGAGCACAUCUGAGGACAGGCAAGCAAAGACCAGUAAAUUUGGAGGCAAAGAUGACGGUGCUAGUUUUAAAGCAGCCUUACUCUCCGGUCCCCCAGGAGUUGGGAAAACUACUACAGCCGUUUUAGUUUGCAAGGAGCUGGGCUACAGCUACGUGGAGCUGAAUGCCAGCGACACGCGCAGCAAGAACAGCCUGAAGGAGGUGGUGGCGGAGUCGCUCAACAACACCAGCAUCAGGGGCUUCUGUUCUGGCACUUCCUCAUCGGUUAGUGGGAAGCACGUGUUGAUCAUGGAUGAAGUGGAUGGGAUGGCCGGCAAUGAAGACAGAGGAGGGAUUCAGGAGUUGAUUGGUCUGAUCAGACACACGAAGAUACCCAUCAUCUGUAUGUGCAACGACCGAAACCAUCCCAAGAUCCGUUCUCUGUCCCACUACUGUUUUGAUCUUCGUUUUCAGAGACCUCGCCUAGAGCAGAUUAAGGGUGCCAUGAUGUCUAUUGCCUUUAAGGAAGGCUUAAAAAUCCCACCACCUGCUAUGCAAGAGAUAAUCUUGGCAGCAAAUCAGGACAUCAGACAGAUUUUGCAUAAUCUUAAUAUGUGGUGUGCAAAAGAUAAGUCAUUAACUUACGAUGAGGCGAAAACAGAUGCCAGCAAAGCCAAAAAGGACAUUAAACUGGGCCCUUUUGAUGUCGUCCGGAAGGUUUUCGCUGCUGGAGAGGAGGCUUCUCAUAUGUCUCUUAUAGACAAAUCAGAUCUGUUCUUCCAUGAUUAUUCCUUAGCACCUCUCUUUGUCCAAGAGAAUUACAUACACGUGAAACCGGCUGCUGCUGGAGGGAAUCUGAAAAAGCACUUGGUGCUGUUGAGUAGGGCAGCUGAUAGUAUAUGUGAUGGGGAUCUCGUGGACAGACAGAUUCGUAGCAAGCAGAACUGGAAUCUCCUCCCAACACAGGCUAUUUAUUCAAGCGUUCUGCCUGGGGAGCUCAUGAGAGGAUACAUGUCCCAGUUCCCUGUCUUUCCCAGCUGGCUGGGCAAGUUUUCAUCCACGGGCAAACACGAUCGCAUCGUUCAGGAACUGGCAAUGCACAUGAGUCUCAGAACCCAGACGUGCAGGAGGACCCUGAACAUGGAGUAUCUGCCCUACCUGCGGGACGCCCUCGUUCAGCCCCUGCAAGACCUGGGAACAGACGGCGUGCGGGAUGCUGUGGCAUUCAUGGACUCCUACUGCUUGAUGAAAGAAGAUGUUGAAAAUAUCAUGGAAAUUAGCACCUGGGGAGGCAAACCCAGUCCUUUUUCUAAGCUGGAUCCUAAGGUGAAGGCGGCCUUCACGCGGGCCUACAACAGGGAGGCCCGGCGGACCCCGUACGCGCUGCCCGCCGCCAGGGCGCCCCGGAGGCCGGCGGCAGCUGCGGCCGCCACGGAGCUGGGCGAGGACUCGAGUGUGGAGGAGGCCCCAUCUGAUGAGGAGGAGCAAGACACGCUUGAAAAUGACGCCAUGAUUAAGCAAAAAAAGGUAAAGUCUUCCAGGCUGCCAAAAACAGAGAAAAAUGAAGAAACAACAAAAAAAGAAGGUAAAAGAAAAGAGAAAACGAGGCGCUAAACAGCCUAAGCUUGCUGUGGAGGCAGCUUUGCUGAUCUCACUGCUGGCAGGAGCCUGAAACAGGUCCAGUGCUAUGGCUGGGAAGGUAAAUGUGGCUGGGAAGGUAGAACCAGUGCGUUGAAAAUGCACCUCUUAUAGAGGUGGUGACUUUAUUCUCAUACUAUGCAGUGCUGUAAUUACUCUUAGCUUGCUACAGAGUUACCAGCUCUAACUACUCUUGUAAAACAAGCACCCAGGUGCAUGAACACGACAAUGUGACAGUUACCUGGCAUUAUAUUAAGUCUUCAUAGGACUUUCUAACUUUUUACAAUAAAUUCUCUGCUAUUAUGUGGUGAAAUCUUGUAAAUAGCACAUGAUGCAAAAAAUCUGAGUUGCAUGUUUGUACAAUAUAGAGAUUAAGCUGUGUAUAAAAUUACAAUAAACU